AUGGCUCAUCUUUGCCUGUUGUUUGUACUUUGUGUGCUCAUUGCACAAACCCAAGCUGUGAACAAUCACUGCCCUAAGGGCUGGACUCAGUUGGACAAUUACUGUUACAUCUACCAAAGCCAUUAUCGGAUCUUUGCAGACGCUGAGAGCGUCUGCAACAUUAUUGGUGGGAACCUGGUCUCUAUCAACAGUGCCAAGGAAAAUGCACUCGUUCUCGAGCUGAUUCGGGAGGGUGCUGGAUCUAUUGUGGAUACCUGGAUUGGACUCACUGAUGCAAUUGAGGAAGGCGACUUCAUGUGGACCGAUGGUGAAAUCGUUAAUUUCAGAGACUUUGCUGAUCACCAGCCUGACAAUGGAAAUGGUGGAGACGAAGACUGCGUAGAGAUUGAGUCAAGAGACGAUAUGUGGCAUGAUGUUCCAUGCACAGAUGAGAAUCCAUUUGUUUGCAUCAGACCUGUGGACAAAAAAGACUAUCACUAA